AUGCGAUUUGUGAAUCGUAAGGGUGUAUAUGUGUUGGAGCAACUUGGAACGAAUGUCAAACCAGGUGCCAAAGAGACAAGUGCAAUGUAUUGUUGCCAGUUAAGCAACGUAAAUAAACAACCCCAUCUCCAACUUUCUUCAAACAAGCAGAAUGGAUAUGAUGGGCUCGGGAUGACCUUGAAGAUGGCAACAGUUCGAAAGAACAAGGAAGGAUUCACUCCAAGACAAGUCAAGGCUGCAAUGGAAGCGAGAAGUACGAUGCACAUACUCAAUGCUCCAAGCACCAAAAGUCUGAAGUAUGCGAUCCGAUCUGGUCUCAUCAAGAACUGUCCUAUCACUGAAGAAGCGAUCAAUCAUGCCGAAGCAAGCUUUGGACCUGACGCCUCUACAUUGAAAGGCAAGUCAACAAGACCAACUCCGAAGAAGACGUACGACGACUUCUUCAGUCCACCAGAGGAAUUGUAUCAGCACAAUCGAUCUAUUACCGUCUGUAUU